AUGGCUCSCCCCAUACUACCAUUCAAGGAUAUCAACCUCCAUUCCUCUCCCUCUCACUACGCAUUCACUUCGCCCUCUACACCGAAUGCUCCGACUCUGGUGGUGGACCGGCCGAACGGCGAUUUGCGCCUGAACGAUGGUAUUCUCCUUGGAUCGAAACGAGUGUCUAGCAUUGCUGGAAUUCUCGGUAUCAUCAAGUUGAAGCUAGACAAGUAUAUUAUCAUCGUUACCAAAGCACAGCCGAUGGGCCGCCUCCAAGGCCAUAUGGUAUACAAAGUUGUCGCGACCGAAUUCCUGCCUCUCCGCGAGCGCCCGCUGCACGACAAGGAUGAAGACACAUAUCUCGCUCUUUUGAAAGACUUGAUCCGAACAGGACCUAUGUACUUUUCGUAUUCCCUCGACCUUACAAACAGCUUUCAGCGACAGUCGCAGAGUGAUCCGAGUACCCCGCUAUGGCAACGAGCCGACGACCGCUUCUUCUGGAAUCGUUUCAUCCAGUCGGACUUGAUUGACUUCCGUGUUGGUACGAGCGAUACGACUGGAACAAGAUACAGUCCGCAACCCGGCGUCGAUCCCUAUAUCCUUCCUGUUAUUUUCGGCAUGCUGCGCAUCACGCCUGCUCGGGUCAAGAAUACCUCCUUCACCUUCGCUUUGAUCACACGGAGGUCGAGACAUAGAGGCGGUACUCGCUAUUUCUCCCGUGGCAUCGACGAAAAUGGAAAUGUGUCCAACUACAAUGAAACAGAACAGAUUGUGAUCUUGAACGAUACUACUGGUGGCCUGACUGGCUUUGCUGGUGGUCAGGGCCUGCCGAGCGGAAAACCAGAAGAGCCUGGUCGUGACUUGCAGGUGUUUUCGUUUGUUCAAACGAGAGGAAGCGUUCCCGUUUUUUGGUCCGAGGUGAACAACCUUAAGUACACGCCGAAGCUCCAAGUCAGAAGUGUGGAGACAUCUAUUCAGGCUGCACAGAAACACUUUGCUCAACAGAUUCAAUAUUACGGUGAUAAUUACCUGGUGAAUCUGGUGAAUCAGAAAGGCAGAGAAGAGCGAGUCAAGAAGGCCUACGAGCAGCUAGUCCGUACAUUGGUAUCAUCGCCAGGAGAGACGUCUGAACAAGAUCAGCCACGCACUGACGAGAAAGUACGCAUCGUUGAAUCUGAGCGAAGAAAGGAGCUUCUGGACCGAAUCCAUUAUAUUUACUUUGACUUUCACAACGAGACUAAAGGUCUACAAUGGCACCGCGCACAACUUCUUUUAGAUCGACUUCAAGAUGGGCUCAUGCGCGGCCAAUACUUCCGAGGCAUCGAGAGCCCUGGUGAUGCCAACGGGCGUUUGGAAGUCCGGACUCAGCAGAGCAGUGUUGUACGAACUAACUGCAUGGAUUGCCUCGAUCGUACGAACGUCGUACAGAGUAUGCUUGGUCGCUGGACGAUAAGCCGUCAGUUGAUGGAUGCUGGCGUUCUGCGACCGGGAGAGGCUGCAAGCGACGAUCCCGAAUUUGAGAACAUCUUCCGCAAUAUCUGGGCUGACAAUGCCGAUGUUGUUUCAAAAGCUUACUCUGGCACUGGAGCUUUGAAGACCGAUUUCACACGCACAGGCCAACGUACGCGCGCCGGAAUGUUGCAGGAUUUCUCGAAUUCAAUCACUCGUUACGUUCGCAAUAAUUUUAUGGACGGUCCUCGCCAAGAUGGGUUCGACUUGUUCCUCGGCACUUAUUUGCCGCAAGAUUCGGCGUUGGGCAGUCUAUUGCUUUUCAUUGAUCGCCGACCCGUCAUUAUCCAGGCGAUUCCAUACCUCCUGGCAGCAAGCGUUUUCAUGGUGCUGGUUGCCAUGUUCACCCGCCGCCUGCCCGAUGCUGCAGUUUGGCCAUUAAGGAUAUUCACACUCGUCUGGAUAGUUAUUGGCGCAUGGACAUCACACUUUAUAUUUAGCCAUGGAAUGCUCUAUGUCAACUGGCCCAAGCUUAAUACACCGAGUGCAGCUUCAGAAGGCUACCAAGAAGCUCUCAACCAUGCUCGCUCUGAUAAACUCAUUGGCCGUCUUUUGGUCAACAAGCGACACCAGCGCGGUUUCAGUAAUGCCCGCUUGGGUUACUUGGAGGAGGGGAAAAAGAGGCUAGAGUAG